GGGUUCCACCCUGGUUCUUCAUACUGAUAGAUACUUCAGAGUAGGAACACCUAGCUUUCUAGGUAUAUCGAGAAAGAUACCAUCUGAGUUGUGACAUCGACAACGCUGCAAAGUUACACAUUUACCGAAAAUUGCUCGUAAUAUGAAUAUUUGUGUCGUAAUCAUCUUGGCCAUCUCAUGUCUGUCUCUGUCACUCGCUGCGCCUGCAGUUGCCAGAAAGAAGCGCGGAACUGUGAAGUGUCAAAUUCCAGGUGAUCUCCAUCAGCGACUCGGAAACAUUGCAAGUAGGAAUCCCCAUGAAAUGUACACCCUGGGACUGCCUGAUAAUCCACAAAAUGUGCAAUCCAUUUCGCCUGAAUUUAUAAAGCUCCACCACAUGUACGGAGACACAUUUUGCCCCAGCCAGGUUAACAGCACCGGCGACGCUAACAGUCGAUCACUGUGUCCCUGGUAUUACGUUGUCAACCAUGAUAAAUACCGGUUCCCUCCAGCUAUGGCGCAGGCCGAGUGUCGGUGUUCUGGGUGCAUAGGACUAGGCCAGAACGACAAAGUGUGUGAAAAAGUGUGGUACAACGUCCGCGUGCUCCGAAGAUUGGACGAGUGCGAUUCGGAAGGAAAUUACAAGUAUAUUGAGUCCUGGCAACAAAUAUCGGUAGGCUGCACUUGUGCCAGCCGCAGAGUUGCUACCGUCUCCAACGAAUCCCCAGAAGGCACUCCACCCCCUGCAACGUAACAGGCUCAACGGACACUCCUGUAUAUAUUAACAAGACUGUGAUACCAAUAUUAUAUAUUAUUUUUUAAUAUAUAAAGUUAACAUUCCACCAACUGUAUAUAUUUCGCGUUAUUCAGAUCUUUAUUUCUGAAAUGUAGUCGUUAUCUGUGAUAGGAGGGGUGAUGUUAGGGGAACAUUCCUGUUAUUAUUUUUUGUAUUAGAUAUUAACUUAUUUUCAUCUGUAUAGCUUCAUCCGUCCUCGGUAUUGCUGUUGUUAGGCUUUAACUUAUUUAUUGAGACAAACUACGUGUAACGUACAUUUAACGUACACCAUAAUGGUGAGUAAGUUGUGUGUGUUUUAGCGCAUGUUGAUAAAUGUAUAUCUCUGAAACGUUUCAAAGAUAGAUGUAAUAUAAAAAUCAUGCAAAUUUUAAUAUUUGCUGAUGUCAGUAUUUUUAGUUAUUUAAUCAAGAUCGUUUUAAUGUUUGAAACAUGUAAAUUCUGAUAUUUUCUGAUGGUAGAUGAAAUGACUGUUAUUUAUUCAAGUUUUUAAUGUUUAACGUAAUUAUUCAAGACAGAAAAGAAAGCAGCUGUAUUGAUAAUUUAUUAUUGAUAUUGAAGACAAGCGGUAAAAAUUACUUCGAAGUGUCUGAUCUUAAUUAUGAAUCCAUCAUGGUUUGUUAAGCAUACGAAUGAGUUUGUUGUAUCGCUGUUUGUUAACUAAAAUAAAUGAUAAAACUUUAA